CCGCGCCACAAUGACACGCACCGCCGCAUCCCGCCGCUGCUCAUCGUGUAGAACUCCACUCUUCUUCGUGGCUUUUUUCCACGUCCUGGGAUGCUUUUAAAGGUCAAUGUGAGUGCUUGAUCCAGGUCAGAGGUCAUGCUGCAGAGGGACUCCCACAGCCGGUUUACCUCCGGAGACACGUCUGACAAUGACUGUGAGGACACGCUGCUGUGUGAACACUGUGGAAAAAACCGAGUCAUGUUAACCCGGUACUCUGAGGGAUAUGGCACGGAGGAGGACUGUUUAUUAUCAGACCCACAGGGAGACAGUGAUGCAGAUGCUGAUAUAGAGGACACUGACUGCAGGCUCCAGGAGCCCAAUUCUCUUCAGCGAAUCAGCUCACGGAGACGCAAGCGCCCCCGAGUGGCACGUCAAGACACCACAGAGAGUGAAGAUGAUGGUGGGCGGAGCCACAGGUCCCACCGCUGGAAUCUUCGGCUCAGUCCUGACAGAGCACAAAGCAGGACCAUACUGGAGGAGAGCGUAUCGCAGGUCAGGCCGCUGGUCAUCAGUGGGCCGAACGUUGAGAGGCAGAAGAGUCCAGCCAAACCUUCCUGGGCCUCCAAACUGAUGUCUUUAUGGCCGGCGUCCCUCUCGCUUUCUGUCACCCUCCUUCUCUUGCUGCCGAUCUCCAUCUCACUCGUCAUCGUCAUCAUCUCCUUCCUGCUGCCAUGGACCAGCACGUGACAUAACAUUCUGUUUUUCCCCCAAAUACUCAAGUUUCAUAACUUUAUACAGUUUAGUGGUAAAUUAUAUUAAGUUUAGGAUAAACAAAUUGAAUGUUCAAAAUGACUUCUAUCCAAAUUAUGUCAAAUUAAAUUCAGGAAGGAUGCUAGACAUUACAUUUUUUGUAUAAAUAUACAAGUUUGUAUACAUUAACAAGUUUAGAAUUAAAAAUAAAAUUGCAUCUGUUUUCAUUUUCAUCUAGAAUUUACCUGCAAGACUAAAGAAACA